AUGGUCAUUCCCAUGCCCUAUUCGGAGUUGACCUAUCUGAACCCUCCUCAGUCCUUCGGCUACCGCGAGCGACACUCACAGACACCGGUUAUUUUUCUGCAAGGGCAGAACGACGUCAGGAGCACCAUAACAGAAGCCUUUAGCAUUUCGGCUUCAAGUCCUCAGUGGGACUUCUUACCUUUCCAGGACGUUCCGCCUUUGAACUGGACCGACCGAUGGCUCGACUCACCCGGCCAGUCUGACUCGGCUGCAGACGAGUUUGUCCAUCUGCAUAUCGAAGGAGUGCCUAUUUUACCGUACCUUUCCUAUGACGACGAGAGUAGGGGCGGUGGGGAGCAUGAAGCUGGGAGUGAGGAUCAUGAACUCGAGGCUCUGCUGGAGGAAACGUUUGAAUUGCCCGAGACGGACGAAGGGUUGGAAGCAGAUAACGAGGUCGGUCGACAACCAGACGAAGCCGACUCGGCACCUGAGGCCGAACAAACUCACGAACGUGGUGAUAGAGAACCCGAGGACGACAACAUGUUUGCGAUCGAUCCUCAUCAGCUGCACCGCCCUCUGGGAGCGGCCUCGAGGCUUCCGUUUACGUUCGGCGCCACCAGGCAAACUUCCUCAACAUCACAAAUCGUCCCAACAGUACCAGCCAUCUUCCGAUCCUGGACCCCGUACUUCGCUCAGCGCCGAGCAACGGAUUCGCCGGUCAGUACACGUUCAACACCACCGCCCCUAGUCCCGGCUUUGGAAGAUAACGCAGCACCGCCUACGACUGAAACGCCCAGGAGUGGGAUGUGGGCGAGGAGAACUGGCGGUCCACCUAGGCACGACGCAGAAACUUCGACGACAAUUACCAUCCCCACGCCAUCCUUCCUAGGAACGGACAACACACGCGCAAUCACACCGCCCUUCCAGCGCGUCUUGGCCGAUUUCCACGCCGCCUUCGGUGACGAUUUGCCCGACCUCGAGCGUCUUGUUGCCCUCUGCCCUUCCCUCGGCACCGAGGGCUUCAUGGAUCCUAACGAGCCAUCAGGCGAAACGAGCACACCCCAUCCUACAUCGCUCCCAUCUCGAUCCCUGGCAUCCCGACGAAACUUACCUCCGCUCUUGGCAUUCGACCCGGACAGCUAUAUACCCUUGUCGGAUGUCGGGCAGAUUAACCCGUUUGGCGAUGUGGGAUGGUUGGGGAAACGCAAGAGGGAUGCGGAUGAUGAUGGGGUAGGCAGGUAG